CCUAAACCCCCACCCUCACCCGUACCAAUGAAGGAGAGAAGAGGUGUGGAUGGAAGGAGAGAGGAGGAGAAGAAGUGGAGAGGAAGCGAGAGGAGGAGGAGGUGAGAGAGGAAGAAGAGAGAGAGGAUGAGAUGUUGGUUUAUCCUACUAACCUCAGUUGGGCUCAACCUAGAAGGGUCAAGUUGAUGCGUUCUUCAGGCCAGUCUCUGGGCAUCAGUAUCAUGGGAGGGAGAGGGAUGGGCAGCAGGCUGAGCAGUGGAGAGGUGAUGAGAGGAGUGUUCAUUAAACACAUCACACCAGACAGCCCUGCUGGACACAACUGCACCCUGAAGACUGGAGACAGGAUACUGGAGGUAGGAGGCAUGGAUCUGAGAGAUGCCAGCCAUGAGCAGGCAGUGGAGGCCAUCCGUAGUGCUGGAGACCCUGUUGUCUUCCUGGUACAGACUGGACAACACACAUCACAGUCGUCUCCUGUGCUCUCCAACCAUGAGAGACAAGCCUCAGCAUCACACAGGGACUCAUCGAACAACAGGAUGCCAGAGAGUCACAGUGGUCUGUUCCUUAGUCUCUCCCCCGCCAACCCCUUCACCCCUACUCCCUUUAAGCCGACAGCCAAUAGGACGGUCAGGAGAAGCCCCACAACUGUCUCUGCACCAAUCACACGGAGAGACACGGAAGACGACGGCUGGAAGAAGAUGAUGUCCAGGUAUGGAGGUCUGCCAGGUGAGCUCCAUAUGAUAGAACUAGAGAAGAGUCCCCGUGGAGUCAGUAGCACCGAGGCCCCGGGACAGGGUCUUGUUCCUGGUCUGGGUCUCAGCCUGACGGAGGACAGGGAAGGUUCCAGAGCCCACCUCGGUGUCUACGUGGCCGGGGUCGACCCCCAGGGGGCGGCGGGGCGAGACGGACGGAUACGGGUGGGAGAUGAGCUACUGGAGAUCAACGGUCAGAUCCUGUAUGGACGUAGUCACCAGAACGCGACAGCCAUCCUGAACGGUGCUCCUUCUAAAGUCCAGAUUCUCCUCACCAGGAAUAAAGCGGCUCUGGCGCAGAUGACUCAAGGACCCAUGGGUGGGGACUCCUCCUCUUCCUCCCUCCAUCCCUCCAUCUCUCUCUCCUCUUUUCUCCAUCCCUCCAUCCACGUCUCUUCCUCCCAUCCCCCCAUUCCUCCCCACUCCUCCGUCGGCACUGCCAGGAACGCCUCCUCCUCCAGCGGGCGAUCUGAUUGGCCAACGGGCUCCGCUCUGACCCCUGACCUCCUGAGCUGUCCCAUAACACCUGGCGUUGACAGCACCAUAGAGAUCUGUAAAGGACACUUGGGCCUGGGACUCAGCAUCGUGGGGGGGUGUGACACGCUACUGGGGGCGAUAAUAAUCCAUGAGGUUAAUGAUGGAGGUGCAGCUCAGAGAGACGGGAGGCUGUGGGCUGGAGACCAGCUACUAGAGGUAUGCUCAGAGAGACGGGAGGCUAUGGGCUGGAGACCAGCUACUAGAGGUAUGGUGAAUGGUAUAGACCUGGGCCAUGCCACCCAUGAGGAAGCUAUAGGGGUGUUGAGGCUGACCCCUCAGCGGGUGCGUCUCACGGUGUUCAGACAACAGCAGGAGUACGGGGAGGAGGACCUGUGGGAUGUCUUCCAGCUGGAGCUCAGACUACGACCUGGACAGACCCUGGGGCUCAGCACUGUAGGGAAGAGCAACGACACCGGUGUGUUUGUGUCUGAGAUCAUUGGAGGGGGUGUGGCUGAUGGAGACGGACGGCUGUUUCUAGGAGACCAGAUCCUGUCAGUCAACAGAGAGGAUGUCAGAACAGCUACUCAGGAACACGUUACCUCACUGUUACAGAGCUGCAGUAGUGGAACAGUGAUCCUAGAGAUCGCUCGCUUCAGAGCAGUCGGCGUUCACUACUCCUGUGGAAGUCAGAGUGGUGACUCCGUCGGUAGUGACAGCUCCACCCUGACUCCGUCCACUGUGUAUGAGGUCCAGAGCCACCACCAGGGGGAGACAGAGAGACGCCAGAGAGGACAGGACCACUCAGUUGAAGACCACCGUGAGAUAAGGACUGUGGUCAUGCAUAAGGUGCUGACGACAGGGUCGGUGGAUGAGGACUGUGGAGGAGGACAGGGUCAGAGGGAUGUAGGGCUCCCCUCCACAGGACCAGCUACCCUACACAACAACAUGAGUCCCCAGUUUUAUAGAACCAUCAGUCUGGACAGAGGAGCUCUGGGUCUAGGCUUCAGUAUAGUAGGAGGGUUCAGCAGUCCCCACGGAGACCUGCCCAUCUACGUCAAAACUGUCUUCGGAAAGGGAGCAGCGAUUGAGGACGGCAGGCUGCAGCGCGGGGAUCAGAUCCUCGCCGUGAACGGUCACAGUCUGGAGGGGGUGACCCACGCCGGCGCCGUCGCCAUACUGAAGAGGACCAAGGGAACUGUAGUCCUCACCGUACUCUCCUGA